AUGUCAUUAUCUAUUCCAUCCGCAGUGAUUAAUUGGGAUAUACUGAACGAAAUCAUUUCCAUGGAUGAAGAUGAACCAUCGUUCUCAAAGGAAUUAAUCAUCCAAUAUAUUGAUCAAGUGGACACGACGUUUGCUGAGAUGGAACAUCAUUUACAUACUACCAAGGAUUUGAGCCAAUUGGACAGUCUGGGCCAUUUCUUAAAGGGUUCCUCUGCCGCACUUGGGUUACAAAGAAUUGCAUGGGUUUGUGAAAGGAUCCAAAACUUGGGUAGAAAGGCAGAAAAUACGUUUCCUGAUCAAACUGAUAUAUUAAAUACUUUACCUAAGGGUGUUUCCCUUACUGAAGAAGAGUUAAAGAAAUGUAAUGGCGAUGAUAAUGACGAGGUUACCUCUCAGGAUGUCGAGGAUGGAGAAAACACAAUAUAUAUAGCAUUAAUCUCUAAAGCUUUGAGACAGGCACGGUUGGAAUUUAGAUUAGCAAGAAAUGCAUUGUCUGAAUACUACAAGACGGAGUUGUAA